AGCACGUGUAGCGUCCGUUGUGCUCCGUGGGUACACCACUUUUUGAACAGGUUAGACGUCUGACUAGUAAACUAAACACGAGCAGAAACAGAAGAGACAGGGUGGGACUGAACGUGAAUUGGAUAAGACGUAACCGCUGUGUGUACAUAUCUCUACUCACAGAGAUAGCCGUUAGCUUUGUCGAAGUUACUUCUUUAAGAUCUGAAUUGGUCGACGAGUUAAAGUAGCGUACCGUGCCUUCUCAAGCGUCGCUGUUUCGUUUUACCGUCUUUGUGAAUCCAAUUCCGCUCCGACUAGAAGGACAUUAUUAUCUCCCUGUCUCCACAGAUGAAUUCAUUGGGCAGUUCUUCCAAAUGGCCAUCUUAUGACUCACUACCCUCCACCUCGAGCUUUCUCCUCAGUGAGAGUGAGCAGACUGAGGAUGAAGCAGAUGUCUUCUCAGAGGGAGAGGGGGACAGUGGAAUAAGAAAUUCCCUCUCAGUUGAUGAAGGAAUCACACUUUCUAGAAAUUACCUUGAUUUCCCAGCUCAUUCAGAUCAGCUGCACUUGAGGUUGUCCAAGAGCGACCAGCCUGAACAAUGCCCCGGCGAAACUAAGCAUCCCGACUCAGCCUCUUCUCCUGGAGCUGCCACAUUAGGGUCAUCUUCAGCGACACCAGGGGACCUGGCCUUCGCUCAGAAAUGUACAGAUUUGUGCAGGUUUAUCCGUCCUUUACUAGAGCUUCUACAGGGACUAAAGACUGGCCGAUUUGACAAAGGUUUAUCCAGUUUCCAGCAGAGUGUUGCCAUAGACAGAUUGCAGAGGAUUCUUGGAAUACUACAGAGGCCUGAAAUGGGUGAGAAAUACCUCCAAAACCUGCUGCAGAUAGAGAUGUUGCUCAAAAUGUGGUUCCCUCAGGUGGCAUUUCAGUCCACCGAUGCACCAAAGCAGAUCACCACUCCCAGACUCCCACCACACUGGCGCCAAAAUCAGCUCCACAUGCCGGUUAAGAAGAGAAAACUGAGCUGGUCAGACCCUGACUACUCUGGCAAAGUCCCAACCGAGCAUAAGCGCCAUCAACAUGGAAAACAUGGGAGCUGCCAAGCUGCGGGUUCACUUGACACCGUUUCCACAUGUCUACCUGGAUCACCUAAAAAACAGAAAACUCCAGAGGAAGAAAACGUUGAGCUAGCUGGGGGCAGGUGUACAGCUGGACAUGAGUUUACAGACAGCACUGACACUUUAAGCAGGCCGUCAUAUCUAUGUAGCAAGAGAGAAAAUGAGAAAUGGAAGCAGCCUGAGAUUUCUCUGCCCUCCCCUUGUGGCAGCCCAGCUGCACAAGACAGCUCAGUGUCCUCAAGUGACACCAUUACUACAACUGACUCACCUUAGCUGGCCUUAGAUGACCUUGCCACCACGUGGAGGUGCCACAGCAUGCCAGCCAGAGUGAAGGCAGAGGGCGGACCUGAUUACAUAAGCAUAAAGUUAGACGCAGAGCCAGUCUGUGAUGGCUGCAAGGCAUGUAAAACCAGAAGAGGAGGAGGAGGAGGAGAAAUGCAGGGAGACAAUCAUUAACCCCUAACUAUCCAGUGUGGUUUUUGAUUACACCGGAGUUACUGCACUAUAUUACCAGGAAUUAUACAUUGUUUGUCUGUAAGAGUAUCAUUUUUGUAUACAUUAUGUUUUACUAAGUUAAAAAAUGUUUGAAAUACUUGUGUACAUGUUUGAUGCGUUAAAACAGUCUGUGCUCUGUUUUGUAUUUUUUCACAUCAUUGAGCACAGUCGUAACAGUAUAGGAUUUCACGCCAUUGGUGAGAAACACAAACAUAUCACUUUUAAGAAGGUGAGGAAACACAGAGGAUCAUUACUGGUAUAGUUUAAAGCUGAAACAAUUAGUCGGUUGUCCAUAAAUAGUUUUUCGAGCAAAAAUGCACAAAAUUUUCUGGUUCCAGCUUCUUACAUGUGAGGACUUUUUGCUUUUCUUUGUCACAUAUGAUAGUAAACUCAUGAUCUUUUGGUUUUAUCUUGUGCUCCGGCAACUUGUGAUGGUCAUUCGUCACUAUUUUCUUACAUUUUAUAGACCAAACAAUGAAUCGAGAAAAUUAUCGGCAGCUUCAUUUGUAGUGAAAAUAAUUAAUUAGUUGCAGCCCUGGUACAGUUACAUAAAUAUUUCAAUCAGAUGAUUAAAAAUGGCAUUUGGGAAGGUUUAAAUUGUUGUUUGCCAGCUGAUUGACUGUAACAUGUGACAUUGGCUGCAAUGUGCCAAACAAAACCAUUUUGCAUUAUCUUAUCAUAUAUGCACCUUACGUCACAGUCAAUACUUUUUAAUUUAUUAGCAUUUAACACACACGACACCUUUGUUUUUAUGUAAAUAAGAAUAGAUGUAGUUGCACUUAUAGUAAAAGAGCAAAACACUGCACAGGAAAUACCACAACCUGGUUGAUCAAUAAUUAUUGAGGUAGUUGAGGAAAUAUGAGAUGCUUGGCUGGAUGCUAAUGUGUCAGUUACUCCUUUAGCUUGCCAGUGAGUGAACUUGUUUUGUGUAGAAAGAGUUGAAAACGUAACAUUUUAUUACACACGAGUUUUUUUAUAUACAUAAUAGAACAGGCACGAUAUAUUUGAUCUGGUGUACAUUGGAAUAGAUGUAAUUGCACUUUGGAUGACAAUGAGGAAGUGUUACACAUUUGUUAACAUUAAAGAGUUGUGAUAUUAUUUAUUAAAGAUGUGUUUAAGAGAAUCAGUACUUGUGGAGACUGGUGGAGCCAAGAUGGGUGCUUUACAGGUAAUCAGAGACUUUAUAGGCAAACUUAGCAUUUGAUUGUGUUUUAUUUGAAAUCUUUUCAUUUUGGCACUGGAUGGAUGUAGUUGAAAGGCAUGAAAAGUAAAUUUAGCUUAGCCAGGCUUAUUGUUCACACAAAAUGCCCCAAAUGCAAAGUGUUAUUAUGAGGGAACAGCUUCUGUGUCCCAUUUAAAAUGGAUUUGUGUCACUGACUUGCUGUCAUAAAAUCGGUAUCAGUCAAAGUGCUUUACUAUUGAUUAUGUAAUGAGGAAUAUCAUGGAGAUAUGAGAAACAAAACUAUUUCCAUUCCUGAACACAUUAAUUCUUUUUGAUGGCAUUUGCACAUUGUACCACCAUUUUUAAAUCAGAUAUCAUUCAUGUUGAAUGGUGUUUCAUCUCUGGUGGUUUGUCACCAGUCAGCCUUACAUGCAUGAUAAACAUAAAGGUAACCAUAAACUUACCUGAAAAAAACUGAAAGUAGAGUAAAAAUCUUAUUUCCCAGUUGUAUGUCUUUAAUUUGUCUUGUUUUUAGUUUCCUUUGUUUUAGGCUAUUUCUUUUUCUGAUAAUGACACUGUCAUUAUUGGUGAUUGAUUGAGAAAUGCCCAUAUUUUUAUAUAUUAAAUGAAUGAUGUGGUUCAUCAAAAUGCAGUAUGUUUGUUGAUUUCUGGAAUGAAACACUGACAGUCCAAGCUUGUCUGAAGUUUUGUUAGAUUAAUUAAAUUUUUCCUGCUUUAACAUU